AUGCUUUUCAACAUACCUUAUCCGCCUUCCCAGGCUGGAUACUGGUCGCCUGUCACCUCCACGCUCAACUGGUGUGAAGAGGACUACUAUGCUACUCCGUACGCCGCCGAAAUUGUGAAUGCCUUCACCAAUAUCCUGUUUCUAUACCUGGGAGUCAAGGGUAUCCGGAGCUGCCGGAAGAACGGCCACGAUGCCAUCUUUCAAGUAGCGUUCCUUGGAUACCUCCUGGUUGGAUUAGGGAGCUUUCUAUUCCAUUCCACACUGAAAUAUCCCAUGCAGCUCGUUGACGAGCUGUCGAUGAUUUACACGACAUGUCUUAUGUGUUACGCCACCUUCUCCUUUUCCCGGCCUCGAUCCCAGUGUAUUAUACUUGGAGCUGGUCUCCUGAGCUUGGCGAUCUUUAUCACUCUCUACUAUCACUACCUUCAGGACCCUGUCUUCCAUCAAGUGGCAUAUGGGGUCCUUACUGCAGUUGUGAUAUUUCGGAGCAUGUGGGUGAUGGAAGUUACCCUACGCCCAUCUCUACAGCGAUCGCGCAACCAUACGAAGCCAGGCGUCUGGGGACACACGCUGACUACCAGCGGGGAGACAGUGAACCACAGAGAUCUCAGAAUCCUCAACAGUAUGUGGGUAAUGGUAGCCUACGGCCUGUCGACUUUCCUCGGGGGAUUCUUCAUCUGGAAUUUGGACAAUAAGUAUUGCUCGACACUACGUAUCUGGCGCCGUGAGAUUGGACUUCCAUGGGGAAUCUUGCUAGAGGGACAUGGCUGGUGGCACUUGCUCACGGGAAUCGGCGCGUAUAUGUAUAUCAUUUGGGGAAUUUGGCUACGUCAUUGCCUCCACGGUCACCAGGACGAAUACAGACUAGAUUGGCCCCGGCUCUAUAACGCCGCUGACAUCGUUCGUGUUCACGAUAUAUCUAAACCCUCGACCCCCGAAGGUUAUGCUGAGAAGCUGAACUAA